UUUUCGCGCCCUUGGAUCGUUGCGAAUCUUUGUUUAACGUUCUUCUUGUGACACUGGGAUUGGUGUUCUCGAAGUAAGGUCGCGAUAGUUGUGCAUACAGACAAGUGAGACGAUCAGACGGUUGGUAGUUAUAUCGGAUUGGAUUCCGUUCGGUAGCGUAAGAGAAGGAUUAAUUGAGGUCGUCGUCUGACUUUUCCCUUCCUCUGCUAUCUGGCCAUCAGACAACUCGAAAGGCUUCCGAGCUUUUGCUAUACACCUGUUCUUAUUCAACACCAUCCACCAUGGCAAUCGCCCAGAAUGGCGGCUCCUCCACCUGCGUCAUGGAGGAGCCCCUCGAGCUCCAGGAUAUCUCAGGCUACCUAUCGCAACCGCAGCCCGCAAAGCUCGACCAGCCUCGCUCCAGUCUGAAUAUUCAUACGCAACAAGACACCAAGGAUCGUACGUAUACUACAAACGAGGACCCUGUGGAGAAUUUACCGAGCCCGACGACGACGCCGGCCGAGAAGUUGGAGCGCUGGCAUGCGCCCAGGACGAACCUCUGGCGGACGUUCGCUGCUUUCUGGAGUUUCGUCGUGAUGGGGAGUAAUGAUGCUGCGUAUGGUGCACUUAUCCCUUAUCUUCAAGAGUACUACAAUCUUACAUUCGUGGUCAUAUCUCUGGUUUUCCUAUCCCCCCUGGUCGGAUACACAGCGUCGGCGCUCCUCAACAACACCAUCCAUCUCAAGUUCGGCCAGAGAGGUGUCGCCAUGAUCGCGCCGGGCUGCCACUUGGUCGCCUACGUUGUCAUUGCCGUGCACCCGCCCUAUCCGGUGCUGGUUGUCAUCUUCAUGGUCGCAGGAUUCGGCAAUGGCCUGGCUGACGCUGCGUGGAAUGCGUGGAUGGGUAACAUGGCGAACCCGAAUGAGAUCCUCGGAUUCCUGCAUGCGUUCUACGGACUCGGGGCCGUGCUUGCGCCGCUCAUCGCUACGACUAUGAUCACCAAGGGCGACAGAUUGCCUUGGUAUUAUUUCUACUACGUGAUGAUCGCCAUGGCCGUGAUCGAGUGCGUCACUUCGACCACAGCAUUUUGGAAAGCAACCGGUGCCGUCUUCCGCGCCCAGAACCCUCGCACCACCAACACCAAAGACAACCGCAUGAAGGAGGCCCUCAUCCGCCUACCAAACGCCCGCGUCACCUGGCUCUGCGCUCUGUUCCUGCUCGGCUACGUCGGUAUCGAGGUCGCCCUGGGAGGCUGGAUCGUGAAGUUCAUGCUGGAGGUCAGGAAGGGCGGGGACUUUGCCAGUGGUAUGACUGCGACGGGCUUCUGGAUGGGCAUCACCGUCGGGAGAAUCGUCUUGGGGUUCGUCACGCCGAGGUUGGGUGAGAAGCUCGCUAUUGCGAUCUACCUCCCCCUCACAAUGGCCCUCGAACUAAUCUUCUGGCUCGUCCCCCAAUUCUACGUCUCCGCCGUCGCCGUCUCCUUCCAAGGCUUCUUCCUGGGCCCUCUCUUCCCCGCUGCCGUUGUCGCUGCCACGAAGCUCCUUCCCCGCCAUCUGCACGUCAGCGCCAUCGGCUUCGCAGCUGCGUUUGGCGGCUCCGGCGCGGCGAUCUUCCCGUUCGCUGUCGGCGCCAUUGCGCAGGGGCAUGGUGUUCAGGUGCUGCAGCCGAUCAUCCUCGCGCUUUUGGGCGUCAUUUUGGUGUUGUGGCUUUGUUUGCCGAGGAUUCAUAAGAAGAGUGAGUGAGAAGGAGAGUGAUAUGAGGGGUUCAAAAGUAUCGUUUAUGGUUUACUUCGACUAGCGAAUGUACGGGACGACGAAUAGGGGUGUAGACCUCGAAAGUAUAUAAUGGUUGAGAUAUGGUUAUGGUAAUCUACGAAGGAUGGAUAUGGUACAUAGGACACUUGAUCACCAUGCACAAUACCGUCAAAAAGCCAUCCAUUCCAAUACAAUCCAUCAACUCG